CGUCGUAUUUGGAAACGCUAAAUGACAGCGCCAGCAACUACAUUUCAAGAAGCCACUUCACAUAUAAGACCCUUGAUUUGACAACUAUUUUCGUAAAUGAGCAGAAAUUCUGGUAUCAGCACAUGUGAAUGAAUGGAAGCGCAACCAUGUUAGCAACACAGUUUCUGAUCUCAACAGUUUGUUGUUCGCGCGUGUUCAUACUGAGGACGGCGUGACUUCUGUUUCUGUUGGCACUGUACUGAAACUUUGUUCCAAGCAGGGUAAUGUCAGGUAGUUGUUGCUGCUUCAAAGCCACAAAAGUUGUGAUGCCCUUGUGAAAAAAUAACUGACAAGCUGAACUGUGAUAACAGCCCAUUCUCACUUGAUGGCAGCUUACAUUUGAUAACUUGUAGAGGUAACUCAAUUAAAUGAAUUAGCUUGAUUUCAGCGUACUCGCCUCCAAGAGAAGUGAGUGACAGUGCAAGUGGCUGAAAGGUGCAUUUCGGCACAUGUGCAGAGCCGGACAAUUUAAGACGUCCAUUGAUGGACUGACUUUUAAUCUCAAUCAGUCGAACAUAAGCAAUCGCUUGGCACAGGUGACUUAACACGGUGGCACUGGGAAUACACCCUUCCAUUGCAAAACACAUAAUUCGUUUCAACACUCAGCCACAACUACAUUCAGAACUGCUGUGUACUUGUAAAUAUCAGUGCACAUCAAGGCACAUGUGUGGCUCAAGUCAAUCUGGAGCCCUCCACUGUGUCAUACCUUAAAAGGGCUCUGAAGCACUUUUUUAACUGAUCACAGAAUGGCCUCACUAUUAAGAGUGUCAUCUCGUGAAUUUCACGGCACAAAAAUUUUUCGCAUCCUUCAACUAUGAGUGGAGUUAUUGCACAAAUACCCGGCCUUGUCACUCUUUUCGUCUCCACUAGCAUGCUGCAAGCUACACAGCAGAGAAGCCAAGGGGGCAAAGCCCUGGCCAAAAGUUGCGUUGCGGCGCCCCAUGGCAGCCUACGCAGCACGCCCCUGCCAUCUCAGAGGCCAUGCACAGCAGACACAGCUAUGCACAGUGCAAAAAUAAACUGAUUUUUCUCUCUUUUUGAGAUCUCGGACACAUAUAAUUUUUAUUCAUGGAACUCAAAAUUAGCCAUUAUGCAUUACAGGGAACACUCUAGCGGUCACGAAAUCAGCCUAUAGUGUUGGUGGGUCCAGUUGCUUUUGAUCACGCUGCAUGACAACAGUGCAGAAGCGAGAGCAAGCAAUUUUUCACCGUGUUUGACAGGAGAUAAUAAAUUCCCUGCUGCAUGCAGUACAGUAAUAUUUGGUUCCCAUGUUCACAGCAGCCUCUACAACAGAUCAAAAACAUUUUCUUACUAUGUUCAAAAAAGUGUUUCAGGGCCCUUUUAACGGCCCAGGUGGCUAUGUUCCCAAUCAUUCCUUUUAGGGGAUUCAUUUAUUUUUGCAUCACUCAACAUUCUCCAGUCACUUCACUGGAGUGAUAGGUGUCGUGUCAGCACAGUUGAGGAUUACAUGACAUGGAAGAGAUGUUCGUGCUAGGUGCAUCGGCCACAACUCUUUUCGUCAAGUCCACUUCCAUUAGUUUAGCCAGUCAAUAUUUACUGAUAGGGUGUUAGGUGAUAGGUGUGGUGUCAAGACAAUUAACAGGGAUGCAGAAUGUUCCUCUCAGACCACACAGCCAGCUCUCAUCGUGUUAGUUCUCUUGUUCUUUGCUGACUGACCAAUUGACAGCUUUUAGCUCGAUGACAUCCACACAACCCUGCUGGCAUCACAUUGUGUAAAGGAGAAACUGGCAGAGGCCAGAAAGGAACAUGAGAAGUCGUUUUUUUUUUUUUUUAAUUUUGACUGCCUUGCUGCGCACAGCGCUGCCAUGAUUGGCAAAGAUGAUCAUCACAGUAUUUUGUACACGAAGAGCGUGUUUAUUUAAAAUUUGUUCACAAUGUCAGUGAUAGGUCAGGGGCCCUUUAAUGUUCCGUCUACACACGGCAUGCUAGUCCGUGUUGAUUGUGAGCCUUCUUUCCCAUCUACACUUGCAGCAAGCUGCGGCUGGUAACUAACCACCCUGUCGUCAGCCCCAGACCAUGAAUGAUCCGGAACACAGCCAAGGGUCCGGACGGUUGGGACAAGCCACCGGCAGCGGCCAAGCCUGCAGGCGGCCCAGAGCCACCACAAGGCAUGGCUGCGGUGGCGACACCUAGGGGACGACCAAGCAACGAGGAGCUGCUGCGCAAGCCGCCCCAGGAGAUCCUCCGCUGGCUGCAGAAGGUCGAAGCGGAGAACCUCAAGCUCAUGUACGACCAUGGUGCGAUGAUGCAGGAUGUCAACCGCCGCAUGCAGGUGCACCUGAUGGAGAUCCGCCAGUUGCGCGAGGUGAACGAGCGGCUGCAGCGCGACAGCCAGGAACUGCGCGAUCUCUGCUGUUUUCUGGACGACGACCGGCAGAAGGGGCGCAAGCUGGCCCGCGAAUGGCAGCGCUUCGGUCGCUACACAGCGUCCGUCAUGCGCCAGGAGGUGGCCGCCUACCAGGGCAAGCUGCGGGGCCUUGAUGCGCGGCAGCAGGACCUCAUCCGCGACAACAUCCAGUUGAAGGAACUCUGCCUCUACCUGGAUCAGGAGCGGUCGCAGACGCUCUGCACAAACUGUGGCGGUGUUCUGCCCGAGGGCCGACGCGAUGAUGGCGAUGGCAGCUCGUCCUCGACCAUCACCACUCAGGAUGAGCUCCCUUCCCCUUUGCCUUCUUCCCCACCUCCACGACCCUCACCAUCACUGCCUCCUGUGCCUUCCAGUGGCAUACCCAAUGGCACGGCGAACGGCCACGUACGACCGCCCUCCGUUGUCCCAAACGGAAGCCGGCUGCCCAGCCGGAGCCAGCCGCCCAUGAGAACGCCUGCCAUCAAGGAGGCGAUCCAUCGGCAUAGAACCGUCAUCAAUGAGCAAGUCUUGCGGUAUAUUCGGAAUUUGGAGAAACGCAUCGAGAUUCUGGAAGCUGAGAAGGGCGUCGUCAAAAACAUUCCUCUUGAGGAAGUUCUGCAUAAGCCACCACAGCAGCCGCAGGGAGGGCUCGAUAAAAAGUACCAAAGUGGAAUUCCCCGUGGUCCUCAAUAUCGGAAACCUGAAGACGCUGGUCACAUUCUGCCGCCACCCGUGUCACACGGCACUGGAAAAAAUACCUCAGAUAACACGGAACCAUAUGUGGGUGUGGCAAGGCCGGAGGCAGUGGUACACGCCAUGAAGGUCCUUGAGGUUCACGAGCAACUCGACAAGGCUUUGGACAGUGAGCUGGAGUAUGAAGAACUUGCUGAAGGAGAGAAGGCACUUGUGCGCGAAAUGUGCAAUGUUGUCUGGCGGAAACUUGAAGAUGGGCCAGUAUGAUGCAACUGCGAGAGUGUCGUCAAGGCAUGCUGAACUUCUUGCCAUGCAUCCGAUUUCGGCGAGUUUUGGUUGCUGUGGUUUGGGCUGGGAUGUCGGGCCAGUGCCAUGUGUGGCCGUGCUGGUUCCUGUCACUGCAAUGUGCUACAGUGUCCGUAUUGUUGAGCAUCCAUGAACUUCCAUUGUGAAAGUUUUUGUUUGAAAACUUAGCAGGUUUGUCAUAAGAGCGUUUGUUCUUUGAUGGGAACGCGCAUGUCCAAUUGCCGAUAUCAUGUGGCUUCUAUGCACAUUUAGAAGAACUUUUUGCUGAGCGAUUUGGUGCUUGGCUCUGUUUUAGGAAGAGUUGCACCUAAGAACGAACGAACACAGGAAAAAGACGAGGUAGAUAUGCGUGUGAUGACUGCAUGUGCAUUAUGUUUUAAUUAUGGCAAUUGACAGUCUUCUACAAAACUGCCACCAGGAGCAUUCUUCCAAUUUGCUGGACUGCCACCUCUAUCGUCCUCUAUGCCACCUCUAUCCGUUCGAUGACGUGCCAUCUACAACUGUUAGCACAGUGCAAAUAUUUGGAGCUUUGAAAUCGGUUUUGCUGCAAGAAGACACUACAAUGGUCUGACACACAAAGUGGUCGCACACCUUCUUUGUGUUUGGGAACUCACAUUUUAUGAGUUCCUAAAAUGCGUUAAACAUAUUAGGCCGUAAUGUAUUUUGGAAACACAUUUCCAGAGUUUCCAAAACAUACAUGGCAUGCUUUUCGGAAACACCUUGAACAUAGUUUCAAUUACACUUUCUGCAUUGUCUCCCCAAUGCCUUUUCUACGUGUUUCCAAAACAUGCAAUGAAAUGCUUCCAAAACUUGUUCUAAACACAGUGAACCUGUGUUUCUGAACACAUCUUCCUCUAGGUCAGUAUAGUGGAAAACGCAUUUCCUCUGCGGAAUUCAAGAGUUGGUUCUGCACGUUUCACCACCCUAACACAGAGCACAUGAAACCUCCCUAAUUAACGUGUUCCUCAUCCUUGUUCAAGUUCUUCAGUUCAGGAACUUCUUCAUCAUCAUUGCGACUCUCCCCUUCUGGCCACCAACUUCGGUCUUUCCGUCUUGCCAUUGUACAUUCAGCUUCAUGCAUAGCAGGCAAAUUUAUGAAGUCUAGAAAGAGUUCUGUCACCGCAUGCAUUCGUGACCUAAACUAGUAUGUCUCACAUGAAUCAAUGCCUGAAUUAUAUGAAUGAACGGUAUAUGUACACGCGAUGUGAGUCUGUGUACAUUGUCUCAUACACUUGGGCUGCAAUUCUAAUGUAAGCUGAGGUUUUUUUUUUCCCAGAGUCGCUAGCCUCCAAGUCCACCCCCCGCCUUAUAUGCAAGGCUGAUAGAUUCAGUUACAUCCAACUUUUAGAUGGCAAUGCAAAUCGUAUCAAUAAACCUUGGCAAGUGAGACAGUACCAUAUUAUUGUGCACUUAACCUGCACCGGUUAUUGUAAUUACUCGGUAUUUCAAGCAAUUCCCGCCGAGUCUAAAUAAUGUGCAGGCUACUCUAUGUCACCUUAUUAUGUUAGUGUACAUACUGAUGUUUUUUCUCAGCUGCACCUUUGCCUUAUAAUCUUGAUUGCCUUAUAAAUCAAAUCAAUACAAUAUGUAGCGAUUAUUACGUGGUAGGAAUUCCCAAUUUAAAAGUGUAUUUGCCAACAGCCGAGAGAAGCGGCACGUUUCUAUGACCAUAGACCAUGGCGCACCACUUGUGCCCAGAAGGUAGUUCUGGAAGCACAGUGGCACACAAAUAAUUUGCGAUCUGACAUGAUCUUAUGUGCACUAAUUGCAGUUGUAACGUAUGAAGCGGUUAUUCUGAAGAAAGCACCGCAGAUCGAAAAUAAGUUUACUGCGGAAUGCACGGAGUCAGAUGUCUGUGACCGCACUAUUUGCAGAAUUAUCGCGGCUUGCCUGCUAAGUAGGAAAGGAGUACUACGGUACUCUCAUUCAUUCUGCGCUCUUAGUUUCAAUCGUGCAUUCCCCCUCGGCCACUAUUUUCAUGAUAACGUUGGCCAUCCUUCCGUCCUUCUCAUCACAAAUGCUCGCAAUUAACAUAAUUCUGCACAAGCAAAACCACAACAGUCAUGACCAUCAAAAAUGACGCUGGCGAGCAUUCAUAGAGAUAUCCUUUGUUGAACUUAUUCAUUAUCUAUUGUGCCGUCUUUCCUUUUGCUCUUUGUUACGUUUACCUAAGAUAUUGAUUCUUGUGAGCUCAGGGGCAACUGAUCCUCUUAUCGGCAUACAAGUACUGUGUUCUUUUACGUCAUGCUCUCUUUUUAAAAGAGUGCCGCUUGAAGCAGUAGCUGGAAGAAUCAAAACACAAGCAAUCUCUGCAUAUAUUUUUCUCCUAUUUACACCUGUGCACUUUGUUAUUCUUCACCGCAUCUUCUCGCGUUUUGAAAACAUGUUAUGAAAAGCGUUAGCCACUACGUCGGGAUGCUUUCUGACAAGGACUGAAGUGCAUUUCGUUCUACUCGUAUGAUAGCGCAGUAGCGUUUCAGCUUUUGCUUGAAGUUCUUUAGGAUUGUUUUCGAGAUCUGUAGACAGCGUCAUCACAUCGCUUUUAAUAGUAUUAUAUUUUUGAAUGCUAUUUCUGUUUAUGAUUUAUCUUUUGUAUGGAAACAGUUGUAGAAAACUAUCAGUCUAUUUCAAUAAGGUGAAACCCAGUUACAAUGAACUCGAACACAGUGAGGCGUGUCAUACGUUGAACUACCUGAAUAUUCUUAGAUGUUAAGUACCAAAUUCAUUGCUUAUAUUCAAACUGUGUGUUGUACGUGUCAACCUCUUUUGAUGACUCACUGUUAGGAAAGCUCUUGCUUGCCUACUGUUGAUAUUGUAGUAGUGGUUGUAUAUUGAGCAUGGUCUUCACCAACGAUACAUAAAGUGGGGGAACACUGCGAAGACACCCAUGUGCUUGGAUUUAUGUGCACAUUAAGAAACCUCAAGUAGCCAGAAAUAACCUGUAGCCCUCCAAUUGCUAUUUUUACAAUAGUACAGUUACUUUCACAUGUAGCCCAAUUCUCCUUCCAAAUUUAUUUCACGCAUCCAUGAUGUGCGAUAACUUUGCAGACUGGUGAGCUGUUGUCACUGCAGGCUAAAGAAUGGCUACCGGCAUCUUAAAUUAGUUUGUGAAAUUUCAAUUUUAUUCAGUCAUAGAGCCUAUGUGCGAAAGCAUUGUUCCCCCUCAUGAUCCUUACGUAAAGCUGUUCCUCUGAAUUGUAUUCAUGCAUGGUGCAUCUUAUUCCUGCAUUUAAGGGGGGGGCCUAGUUUCUCAUUUUUAAUUUUUCCAUUUAAUUUCAUUCCAUUUUCAAUUCCAUUCCAUGUAAUUUUUCUGUCAGAUUUGUUUUAUUAAUGUUUAUAAUGAAUUUAUGAUCAGUGAUCAAGAAUGUAAUCUCGGUGAUCGUAUUUUUGAUCGUGAAUCUAAUCAGUGAUCGUGUUUGUUUGUUUUCAGAAUAUGUUUAAGACACUGGACAAAUUGAACAAAUUUUUAUAUAUGAUCACUUCUUCGUUGUCCGGGGGUUUGGCCAUAUUCUUUAUGAAACAUACCAAUCAAAUUUUAUAGAUGACUGGCAUAAAAAUGCAACAACACUGACCCAAAUCACGUAGGCCUAUUCAUGGAAAUUUGAAGCUGUAGCAUCAUUCCAUGUGAAAAGUAUUAUACACAACAUUUCUGGGCACAUCAAAUUUCUAUGAAUCACAUUUUUUUUAUGUAAGUGGGUUUGGCUUCGUUACCUAUGAUGUGUACAAAAGUAAUCUUUUUUAUGAGUGUAAAUGGCAUGAAAAUGCAAUAACAUUUGCCCAAAGCAUGUAAGCACAUCGCUAGAAAGUUAAACUGCAUAGCAGCAUCUGAUUGUAAAAGUAUUAUACAGAAUGAACUUUUCCCUUUUAUGUUUGUGUUAUCACCUGUAAGAAAGAAAGAUCUCUCGUGAUUUGAUGUGAUGAACUCAUUAUAUUUUGCUAUCAAACCUGACCAGACGCACCAUCGCUGACCAAAGUUUGAGUGUGGCGAUGUUAUGUUUUUUUGUGCAUUGUUUUUUAUUAUUCCUCUGAGACAGCCACAAAGGUUCUAGGGAUUUUAUUGCCCACUUUUUUUUGUCAGUUGCCGAAAAGUGCCUUGCCUUUCCGGGCGUUUUGUGCCCAACUUGAAUCCUGUGUAAAUAUAUAGGUUGUGAACUCUUCUGUAGGCAAAUGUUUGGAAGGUAGCGGAAAGAAAACAACCAGGGUAUUUGUAGUUGUUCUUUCAAGGAGGUGUGUUGUCUCGUAGCGGCGACUGAUCGUGUUUGUUUGUUUUUUAACCAGAAGAGGGCGUUGAGAUGCUCGCGAGUGCCAUUAGAAGAAAGACAAAGCCUGCACGAUUCUCAGCUGGAAAUGCAUCGUCUCGGCCCUGUGUUGUCAAGCACAGUCUCUUUUUCGAGCCGACGCCGAAUGCAUUCCUUCUUGUAGCAACAAGAGAAAGUGACCUAGACAUCUUUUUUUACACAUUGCAGCAGUUGAUGGGUGUUUUGUUAGACACAUCUGCACACGCGAAUGUGCUGAUGAAGCUGAUGAAAGGAUAAUUUGGUACUAGGCGAGGGGUAGGCAACAGCUUCUCUCUAAGAAGAGUAUACUGUUCUUCAUUGAGAACCAGGGAAGCGCGACAUUGAGGCCUCUUGGUGUCGAUGAACUCGCAAUAAGAAGAUGAGUGAGUGUAUGUCUUUACAGUUGUCUAAAUGCUCUGUGUAGACAACUAUGGAGUUGACGGCUGUUGGAGAUUGUGACAAAUUCGGUGAACUACUGUUCAUCGACUACAAAGUGUGCAUUGUCGGCUUACUGGUAAGUGCCGACCUGCAACUUAAAGCUGCAGAGAUCAGGGUAAAACAAUGUUUAUUGGUUUUCUGUCAAAGCUUAAAGAACAAAUGGUUAGGGGCAGUGGUUUAGGCUGGCAUAUGUAAUACUGGUGUCACACAUACACUUCCGAUCACAAUCAGGGCUCACCCGGAUCGCAUUUUUUUAUCAUUGCUACACUGUCCGACGAUCCAGAUUAAAUUGAUAUCAUCUUCUGAUCGUCGGCGACUCGCAGAACUGCAUAAUGCCUUGGCUAAAAAUUUAGAUUUGCAAAGUAUGGUUAAACUUGGGUAAUAUUUGAAUUUUACAGCUUACUAUUGCUGAUAACAAUGUUUUUAAAUGUUUUUUUUAUUGGGCUGCCUUCACUUGACCUUGGCGUUUUUAGAAUACUGUGCUAGAGGGUGCAGACAUCAGCCUACAAUCAUGAUCGUCCAGAUCCCGCAGGAUCGCAAUUGCAAAUGACAGUGUAGCAACACGAUCCAGAUCCAGCUCAUUCCGGAUGGGCCCCAAUCGCAAUAAGUGUACAUGUGACACCAGCAUAAUACAAGAGGCAACAAAGGAUUGGGGGUAGGCUUCUGCUCAAGCCCGUCAUCUGCUGCACUGUUUGCGUAUGUACGGUCCAAGAGAACUAAAAUGUUGCCGUUUCUUUUUAAGUUCUGUGGAGUUUAGUAGUAGACUGAAGGGAUUCUGGAGGGCCUUUCUUAGCAUUGUGACCAUAAGUGCUGUCUGAUACCAUUUGAAGUGGCCUCAAACCAUUCAGAUAACUGGCGAAUACUGCAAUUUCUGGACAAAUGUCUCAUUUCCCUUCAUGGCACACAAUUUCAAGAACACAACAGUGCUUACGAGUGCUAAGAACAUGUUUGUACUGCGGUAUCACCGAGAAUUGUAAAAAAGUAGUAUUGGUAACAGCGGCGUUAUGGCAACAAACUCCACUGUGCGGUAUUUUGCACUGAAGUUUGGUACCAGCUUAUUACAGUGCCCAGAGCGGCGAUAGUCUAAGACAGAAGUCGAGUGUCUGUAUAUUGUAGUAGGCUUUGCAGGAGGAAAGAUUUCUGGCAACGAACCCUUUUGAAAACUGUUAAGUUGGCUUUCUAGCAAAGCUGCAGUAAUCACUAGAUAGGUUUUAAGUAUAAAGUUGUAUCAGUGUGUACGCAAAGUGACCUCGAGAGCAUCCUCAAAGGAACGAUGACACCUCGCACUUCGCCAUCACAUUAAAGAGGGAACAGAAACAAGAAUUAAGUCAAUUGAGUUAGGUUAAUCUAUAACUCUAAAUUAAGAAAUGAUUGCCCGAAAGAAAAUUCACCACUGCAUUAGAGACGAACACUUUUGUAAACUAGACGACACAGACGCAAGAGGUAGGAUUGGUCCCACUACUUUGGAAAUACAGAGCCAGCUUUUGCCGACACAAAUAAUUCUGUCAAUAAUUUAUCAGUGCCAGGAGGGUUUGUGUAACCUUAAAAAUUAAAACUUAACAUUUUUCAAAGCGGUUCGUUACCACCAGGAUGGCAUGCUGUUGAACUGCUGAGAAAAAAAAACAAAAAAAGCUUCAUUCUGUGGUGUAUUCGAUGUUGACAACCAGUGGAGUGACUGAUAAUGUAUGCACAAUGUAUUCUUCUUUGCUGAAAUUUUAUUACUGAACAGAAUUGUCUCCAGAACAUGUACAUACACAUGCGAGCAAGUAGUAUUCCUAUAUAUUUCUCUUUUCAUAUACAUAUACAUACAACAAACAA